GGGGGCGGGGCUUGUCCCAAAACGGGUGGGAGAAAUGACGCUGUAGCGGCGGUUUCAUUGGAAAGUCCGAAACGUAACGUCGCUCGGUGUUCAGGCGCUGCGCAUGCGCAGGCGCGCGGAGGCGAUCGAAAUAUGGCGGCGAGGUCUGGCGAAAAGUCCUGAGAUCCGCCUGAAAUUCGACAGAUUCGCGCAGGUCCGGAGCCACAGUGUGAGUGUGUUCUGUAGCUGUGUAGCAGUGUUGCGGAGCUGCGGUCGCCAAUGAGCAGCAUGGGCAGGACAGCACUGAAAGAUCAGAAGGAGGGUAAGAAGGAGAAGGCAGGCAGGAGUACGCCCGUCAGCACAGGACCUGCGCCGGUUAAAGCCCCCGAGUCAUUCUCGUGGGAAGAGUAUCUGAAGGAGACGUCAUCCAUGCCUGCCCCCCCCAGCUGUUUCAGACAGUCUCGUAUCCCUCCAUCAAAUGACUUCAAGGCCGGGAUGAAGCUGGAGGCUCGCGACCCUCGUAACUCCACCUCGGUCUGUAUCGCCACAGUGAUGGGCAUCACAGGCAUCAGGCUCCGUCUACGCCUGGACGGCAGCGACAACACCAACGACUUCUGGAGACUGGUGGAUUCCUCUGAUAUUCAGCCAAUAGGGACGUGUGAGAAGAACGGAGACAUGCUGCAGCCCCCGCUGGGGUUCAGGAUGAACGCCUCGUCAUGGCCCAUGUUUUUACUGAGGACACUGAAUGGGGCAGAAAUGGCACCAGGUUCUGCGUUCAAAAAGGAACCUCAGAGGCCCUCUCAGAACAGUUUCAAGCCAGGCAUGAAGCUAGAAGCGGUGGACAAGAAGAACCCUUACCUCAUCUGCCCCGCCACCAUCGGCGAGGUCAGGGGCGAAGAGGUGUUUGUGAUGUUCGACGGCUGGAGAGGCGCGUUCGAUUACUGGUGCCGAUACGACUCCAGAGACAUCUUUCCUGUGGGAUGGUGCGCGGUGACCAAACACAGCCUUCAGCCGCCCGGGAACAGCAUCACCCUGCCGAAGCCGCUGUCCGCACCUUCGUCGUCCGCCUCGUCCUCCUUUUCGUCCUCGCCGUCCAAGCAGACGCGGCGCUCCAUGCAGUCUUCGUACCGCUUGCCCACGCCGCUGCCCCCGCUGCCCGUGCGGAAGGGCGUGAGGGGCCGACGACCCAAAAGCGAGACCAUCGCACUGCUCAAGGCGCUGGCGGCGUCGUCGGGCGCUCAGAGUCCAGGGGCUCAGAUGAGUGUCCCGUCUCCCGAAUCCGCCCCACAGCUCAUCCCACGCCCUCACAAGAAGAGAGGACCCAAACCAGGCAGCAAGAGGAAACCCAAACUCCUGCAGAGCUCCAUGUCAGCACCAGCAGGUUCAGACUCUAGACUGAUGUCGUCUCAGUUGUCCAGGGACGGCCUGUCUCCUCUAAGCUCUCCAUCCUCCGUGAUGUCCACAGUAUGCGUGUACGUGAAUAAGCACGGGAACUGCGGCCCUCACCUGGACCGUAAGCAGGUGCAGCGGCUGCCGGAUCACUUCGGACCCGAGGCGGUGAACCUGGUGCUUCAGCAGACGGUGCAGGCGUGCCUGGACUGCGCCUAUCAGCCCAAAGUGCUUCUGGGAUGCCUGCAGAGUCAGCCAGACGGUGGAGAAGUGGUGCGAGUGCGGACGGACGGAGGGACGCGGAUGGUGAAGCUGCCGUCAGCAUCCAGCGCCGCCUUCGUCCUGCGUUUCCUGGAGAAAGUGUGCCGACACCUGCAGUGCGACAACCUGUUCAGCAGCCAGCCGUUCAGUCCCUACAGCAGCUACGACAGGAGCAAGUCAGUGAAAGAGGAGAUGUCAGAGGCUCCGGCGCUAAACCGAGGAGUGAAGCGAAUCUCCCGGGACUCUCCGCCUUACUCCGCGCCCCUCUCCCCCAAGAUCCUCCACACGGAUACACACCCCUCCGAAGCUGAGACCCUGCCUCCAGAAGAAAACGGUUUAUUGAAGGAGCAGCGCUUCAUGGACUCCGCCUCCAACUCCAUGACACCCCGCCCGCAGACGCUACGAAGCACCUCCGAAUACCAGUCGCAACCCGGCAGUCCGUAUUACCACGGCAACGGGCCUCCCUUGCGCCGCCACGCCUCCAACCCUCCCACGCGCGCGCACAGAAGAGUAGAAGCUGCCAGCUCCACUACAGGUCCAGAUGCAGCAGCAGCAGCAGAAUGCGAGACUCCCAGAAUUCCAAGCGGUAGAAGUCCUUCUUCCUGGUCCAUAGAGGAAGUGAUGCAGUUCGUGCGUGACGCGGACCCGACGGCGUUGGCGCCGCAUGCUGAGCUGUUCCGAAAGCAUGAGAUUGACGGUAAAGCCCUGAUGCUUCUGAGGAGCGACAUGGUGAUGAAGUACAUGGGCCUGAAGCUCGGCCCCGCCCUCAAACUCUGCUACCACAUCGAGAGACUCAAACAGGGCAAGCAGUGAGAGGAUUAAACACACACAUAAGCACACAUACACCGCAUACACACACAGUACAGGAUUAAAAGCAGGCUUAUAUAGGUACAGUACUGGUCAGGUUUACAGUACUCGAUAAGACUCAGUAUUGGGUUGAGCUCAGAAGUACUGAAUUAGAUUUAAAAAGACUGGAUGAAGCACAGUGCCGGACAGAGCUAAACGACACGGAGUCACGGACGAGUGCUGCUUUUCAUCCGAACAAGGCAGCAGACAAGACAACAAGGCAUGACGGACAACAGACUCACGUCAGGAGUAAACUCUGGGAUGGACACAGCGAGAGAUCCGGGCAGCAAUAAAAACAGACACACACUACCUGCCACUGAGAGAGCGAACGCACGUGUGAGAGAAAGUGAAAAGUGAUGCAGAAUUGGACUCCGUAGAUCUGCACAUAUUGCUUAUUUUCUCACAAACAGGUCUACUGGCAGUCCUCGUCCACCGCGCAGAGCCACCACCGGACUGAUAUUGUUUUACGUCGCUCUCUCUCGGUGUGUGGUUCGGCCACGAGGGUACCAGGCGC